AAAAAUUUUAAAAAAUGAGAUGGUUUCAGCCUUUUUUCGAACCCGUCUCAGGAAGGUGAGGAAGAUCUUUGAGGAGGAGGUCAGGACCCUGAAGAGGCUGGAGUCUCCCUAUAUCCUUCGGAUGUAUGGCAUCUGCAUUGAUGAAAAGGGCUCGAUCCCCGAAUACUCCAUUGUCAUGGAGUAUUGUGAAAAGGGGACCCUGAGGGAAGUCCUGAAGAAGGAACCCGGCUUAUCCUGGGAGAUUCGGACGGAGAUGGCCUCCGAUGCCGCGGCCGGUCUGUACAGGUUGCAUCAAGUGGGCGACAAGGGCCAGCUGCACCGCUGCAUCAACAGCACCAACUUCCUGGUGGCAAAAGGCUAUUGUGUGAAGCUGUCUGGGUUCAAGCUGGAGCAAACGGAGUCGUCCAUCAGUGGGAAGUGCAAGGAGAAAACGCCCAAAGAGGUGGCCUCUUCGGCCUACAUCUGCCCCGAGGGUCUAGCGUCCGUGAACCAUCCCUACAGCAAGGCCAGUGAAAUAUACAGCUUUGGCAUUGUGCUGUGGGAGAUUGCAACCGGGAAGAUCCCAUUUGCAGGUUGCACUUCAGAGGAGAUCUAUGAGAAGGUCCAUAGACAGAAGUACCAGGAACCUUUGGGGGAAGACUGCCCAUCCUUCCUGCAGGAGGUCAUCAACCAAUGUCGGGACUAUGAGCCCUCCAAGCGUCCAUCUGCCGAAGUGAUUGUCAACCAGCUCCUUGUCAACCAAGAACAGGCAUCUUGACCACAGAAGGCAUCGGCAUGUCAUUUCUUUGUCCUUGACAAAAGCCUUGCUCACAGGAACACUGCAUUUGCACAUAAUGCUAAGGCAAAAUUCGUAUUUGUGUAUGU